GUACUGUUCUGGUCGAUUUUACGAAUUUUAUUUGCAACCCAUUGCAAUCUGAGUCUGUUCACGAAACUGUAAGGAGUUGCGUCAUGACAGUUGGAAAGUAGAGAAGUUUAACAAUUAUUGUGGUAUUUUAAUUGAAACUGAAGUAUUGAAGUAUUUGUGAAUCUUACAUAUUGUUCGGAAAACAAAGGUGAACAAUGGAUAAAAGAUACAUAAACGCUGAACCAAUGGAAAUUCCUGAAGAGGCUAUUAGACAAACAUUAGAAAAUGAGCAAGGAUUUGGAGAUAGACUAUAUACACAGAUCCAACGAGCACCAUUUGCUGCAGCUGGUUUGUUAGGUUUAAGUAUAGUAUGUGGUAUAGGUGCCUAUAAGUGGAAGACAAGGACUAUACCACCUCAAUUGUUCUUGAUACAGCUGAGAGUUGCAGCCCAGUCUACUGCAUUAGGAUUUAUAACUAUAGGACUGGCAUAUCAGAUGUAUAAAAAUUAUGUUAAUAAAGAAAAACCUACCUAAUGAA